AUGACCGUGGAGAGAAGAGUUAGGUCCUCGGGCAUCUCAUCUUGGAUUGUUGUGACAUUUUCCCUCCUGGGAUCUGCGGUCGGCGAGUUCAUGUCUUUGAUCAAAAUCCAGGCGGUCCCCUGGCUGGAGAUACCUGCAACGGAGCUUUCCCUCGAGGAUCCUUGCUUGUCGUUGAAUUUUCCCAGGGUCUACCAAAUUUUCAAAAUUGACUUUGGGUUCCUCAAGCAAAUAGAGCUGCACCACGAGGUAGGCCAGGCUCUCAGGAUGCGCAAAAAGAAGAUGUCUGUGACUAUAGAAGGGGCUGCCACAACGGGCACUGCAAAGAGCGAUUCCGAGUUUAAAAAUACGACCCAAACUUUAAUCGAGAAGCUGAAGUCGUCGAACCGGGAAAUAGGAACUCUGAAAGUCAAGGUAACUACAUGCAACGGCAAUGCUAUAAACAUGUCCGACAUUUGUUUGGACUUGGUAGAAGCGGAUGCCGUGCGGCGCUUGAUCACGAAUUUGAAUCAGACUGGGAUCCUGGGCGAUGUAAUAAAGAAACACUCUGAGACUAGAUCCGUCGGCCAUGGCAUUGGUUGUUGUAGUAGCGUCAGUGUGGGUGGCAUUUGGACUCUCACUGGUUGGGGAUUGGGGGCUGUCGUUCUGAUCGGCAGUAUUACCGCGGCUUAUACGGGCAAGGUGGACUUCGACAGCUUUAGGGAAGCAUUGAACAGGGUCGUAGCAUUCCUAGUGUGUCAAUUCAUCGUCGCUGCGAGAGCCGGUCCUUAUAAGGACAUGUGGGACUACUACUUGAUGAUGUUUGGCCUGGAUUUUUGUGACUUCAAUAAGGAAGAUUACGGCAAGGCGCCUCUGGCCCAACGUGUUGAUCAUUUGAAGCGGACAUUUGAGGAAUUUACUGAAAAUAUAGACUGGAUAAAUGAACAUGAGGGUUUGGGUCUCGAAAGGGGCGGAGACUCGAAUGCGCAAACUGCAUAA